AUUCUGAAUUAAAAAGCUUUUCGUCAUCGAUCACCUGACCGGGAGAGUUGCCGCCUUUGAUGUGCGUCAUCCAAAUGUUGACCUAUUAUCGUAAGAAACGUUUGCUGUCCAGGUACCAGAUCGAUACCGGGCGUGCAGCUUGCGUUGUAUCGGAGAGUGGAGACGCCACGUCGGACGAGCGGGACAGGCAACUCUAGCAGGACCCUAGCGGGGCCCAGCGUGGCACGGACCAUGAGAUUGUCCUUUCUCCGACCGUCGGCUAUAUUUUGUCAUUGCAACAUCCCAAUGCAGAGCAGAGGCGUCCGCACUCGUACCGGUUGCUGGACCUGUCGAAAGCGUCGAAAGAAGUGCGAUGAGAAACGACCAUACUGCACGAACUGUGCUGCCCUAUCCCUACGAUGCGCCGGCUAUACAAUUCGACUAAGAUGGACUGAACCGCAACAAACCCCAAAAGCGCUUGUGAAAGACGACCCACAAGUUCGCACGCUGCCAGCAGGAUCUUGCAAGGAUGCGUCGGAUACUGAAGAACCCAACGAUCGUCGGCGCGAGGCAAUCCUCCUCUACCACUUGAGACAGGACGGAUACAAAUCUCUUACAGAUACCGAAAGAGGGAUCAUAUACGAUUUCAUUCAGUGGGGUGCUGCCACAUUGAUUCCUGGCAUCGGCACGACGCGAGAGAAGUACUUUGAGAUUUUCGCUCAAUCCAAAGGUCUGUUAGCGAGCUGUCUUGCGUACCAUACCACACUCAGUCCGAAGUACAGUGGGCUCGAAGACCAGUACUAUCAGCGGAGUAUAGAAGUGUUCAGACGCGAGCUUUCAGACCCAUUGUUCGUUGCCAAUGAAGCGACCGUGUACGCUGCACUUAUGCUUAGCUCCAUCAGUAUGAACCGUGGCGUGCCUUGGACAGUCCAUGUCAAUGGCAUUGCGUCGAUACUUGACCAGCAGAAGUCCUACGCUUGCCCGGACGGCAGGAUCAAAGAUUACACUUCUUUCAUGGGAAUACUGGAUUUGCCGACUCACAUACUGGGUCGUAAGACGAUCAACCGAAACAUAUGGUAUACUCAUUGCCGUUUACGUGAUGGGAUCGAUGUGGUUACCGGGUUGCCUUGCAGCUUGAUCGAUCUGCUAAGCGCCAUCAACCAGCCAUACGUCGUGCCAAUGCUCAUGAACUGGCGAAUCGAGGAGGGAACUAAGAAGCAGCAACAGAUAUGGGAUGCAAAUCGGCAUGCUGCAAUCAUUGUUGGACUUAACCCUGGCUCUAUUGGACAGGGCGUAAACACGCACGUGCGACAAGCCGUCACACUAUUGCGGGAAUUGAAAGGGGAAAUUAGCGACGAGUUUUCUCAAGUUAGGCAGGCGCUCCUUUUCCCGUUGGUUAUCACUGGAUCCCAGUCGUUGAGCUUGAGCGAUGACGACAAACUCUUCAUCAUGGAGUGCAUAUCGGAUCUUGCGGACGGCUCACUGGAGCACAAUCUUUACUAUUGUGGAGCUGGUCAGAUCUUACAGGAAUUAUGGUACAAUGACGCUGGUAGAUCAUUGCAGCAGAUCGCCGAAGAUCUGGGCAUCGAGCAAGGACUGUUCUGAAAUCUGAGCUAUCCGACAUGGCUGGUAGAAUACCGAAAACUACUGUUAAGGAGUAGAAGGUACCAAUAGGUCAAAGGGAUGAUGCUACUCUGCGCGGACCGCAUUCGAGGCCAAUACUGCCAGAACCUGUGAUAUGGUCUGUGGUCCCUAAAGGCUUUAUUGGAAGUAUAUUAUGGUGCUGUGAAGAGCAGGAUUGUGUACGAUGAAUUUAAUGAGAUCUCGCGGGAAAUUGCAGGUUAACUUAAGUGUUCGUAAUUUGCAGCGCUGAGCCGGCACGGUACCGGUACCGAGCCAGAGGACCAAACAGAGCGUGCCAGGUCACCAAGAUAAACAGCCCUCGUCUGAUGAACUAUUGUUACGAUCCUGAGUUACGACGCAGCGCUGAAGGUUUAGUGCGAAUGACGCCCGACGGGUCGGCGGGACACUAAGCCUCACGGUCACGUGACAUCCCACGAAAUUCUAC